AUGGCCGCGAGUGACACGAGUAGUCGCAUACAUCUAUUAGCCGAAGACAUAUCAUGGGACGACGCCACUUGGAUACUCACCUCAUCGUUCAUCAUAUUCACGAUGCAAACGGGAUUCUCGCUACUGGAAAGCGGGUGCGUGCGGCGCAAGAAUCACGUAUCGAUUAUAUUGAAAAACUGUUGCGAUCCACUGUUUUCGGGACUAGCUUUCUGGACAAUCGGCUACGGCCUAUCGCUGACAGCCGAUACUGCGGUCGCUGACGGCACUGUCAGUCACAGGAAUCCGUUUAUCGGUUUUGGCGAUUUUCUGGUCGACUCUACCCAAGUAGAUAUGGGCCAACUGUUUGCCACUUAUGCCUAUCGUUUAUCACUGAUAUCGGUGGCCACUACUAUAGUUUUGGGUGCAAUGACCGAACGUAUCACAUUUCUGGCCUAUUGUCUGUUUUCGUUUCUCAUAACUAUUGUGUUUUCCGUACCCAGCUAUUGGAUUUGGUCGCCAAACGGUUUUCUACGCCAAUGGCUGGCCGUAGAUGUGGCCGGUUGUUCAACGGUUCAUUUGGCCGGUGGUAUGUCCGGUUUGAUCGCCACAUUGAUAUUGAAGCCCAGAUUAGGCCGUUUCUCGCAAAAUGCCGGCACUUUUGCCAUGAGUUCGCCGACCAAUGCACUGUUGGGUACUUUUAUGUUAUGGUGGGGUUGGGUUGGCCUACAUAUGUCAUCGGCAUUUGGUGUAUCAAAUAAUAAAUGGAAAUAUUCAGCAAGGUCGGCCGUGUCUACGAUAAUGUCCUCAUCGAUUGGCGGCACAACCGCACUGUUACUUAGCUAUCUGUUUAUGAGACACAAGUUUGACAUCAAACUGUUCAUCUGUGGCCUACUAUCGGGUCUGGUGUCGGUGUCGGCCGGCUGUACACUAUAUCAGCCGUGGGAGUCGCUUAUCAUCGGCUUUAUCGGAUCGUUGCUGUCCAUUGGUAACAUACCGGUGCUGCGACUGAUGAAAAUCGACGAUCCAAUCAAUACAAUAUCCAUACAUUUGAUUGGAUCUAUUUGGGGUAUGCUAGCGUUGGCCAUAUUUGUCCAAAAGGAUACACUCCUACAAAUGACAUACAACCAAACCGGUCUCAUAUACGGCGGUUCUAUGCGACUACUGUACGUACAAAUGUUGGCCAUAGUUUGUAUAGCCGUAUGGUCAGCAUUGGCCACAGCCGUCAUACUGCCAUCAAUGAGACUCCUGCUGGCCAUACGGUUGUCCUUAAACGACGAACUACGGGGAGCCGACUUUGCCGAACAUAACACCUCACACGAGGCCAACGACGAUACACUGUUGCCGCAGAAUACGUCGCUGAAGACCAACAAAUCGGUGGCCAGAAUGCGUCUGAAGAAGGUAUUGACGGCACUGAAGGCCACUCAUCGGAUGAGUUCAUAUCAUCGGCGAAAUUCGUUUCUUAAGCGACACGUCAAACAAAAUCAGACCAAAACGUUGGCCGGGGGUCAUUUGGUUUGA